AUGGUCGUUUUGCUGACAGCGCUGCUCAAACGGAACACGCAAAUGUACGAGGCCGAAGACCUGAAGACGAGGUUACAACAGCAGCAGCAGCAAAGCGGGGAACCAGGUCGCCGGAAACGGAGGCAAGGCCCCUACGAUUCGUCUCGUCAGAUCUCUCAAAGCAGUUCCAGGCCCUCACGCUCCACGAGAUCCGAAAAGCCUCACCAAAGCGAGGAAAUCGUCACUUCCAGCACCGACCAUAGCGCGCUUGAACGGGACAACAAAAUCGUUCCUGUGAAAGUUUCACCACAAGCGACAAAACAGCCCACACUCGUCGAGUUGUUGCAAGCCGGUGUAGAAAGACCUCCAAAUGGACCGCCGAGACUUAGUUCUUCACAUACUCCCACCCAAAGAACUCAAUCUGCCGUAGAGUUUCCCGACAGACCGGGAUACUCGGGAUUACCGUCGAGACUCAUCGAACAACACACGAGACCGCAGACGCCGAGCAAUGCGAGCUCCGACUCGAGCUGCAUUGUUCAAUUGUUGCGAUGCCCCCGCAACACUGCGGAUGUUGAACGUCGGAUGUGGCCACCUACUUCACCAAACGAUGCUGCUCUUCCGCAGUCCGGCAGUGGACCCCUCAUCGCGGAGGCGGAUUCGAGUAAUAUGCCCUUAGACGCAGACCUCUUGAACGAAAUGAAAUCGGGAUCCAACUCGGACAUGAUAUAUUCUAUGCAGAUUCUCGAUAAUGAAACUAUCAGAUGA